CGUACCGAUAAGCAUAGUAUCACACGAGUGCAGAUCUCUGAUAACUUAUCACCGUACCUUAUUUUAAUAUAUCAAAAAUGUUCAUAGUAUACAGCUAGUGGUUGUGUUUAGUGCGUUCAAAACGGUAUUGUUUUUUUGUACUGCCUGUGUAGUAUAGUUAAAAUGAUUGUAAGGUUAUAACAAUGUUGAACCGGAUCGUUUUUUGCUGUUUAUUUUUUGUGUUAGUGUGUGCUCAGACAACUGAAGACGAAGACAAAUGUGUAGAAAUCAACUGCGUUGGUGUAGAAUACGACUGUAUUGACGGCACGUGCUAUUGCGCUAAAGGAUACGUGCCAAAUCACUAUCACAACAAAUGUAUAAGAUGUCCCGGCUUAGGAGAGAAGUGUUUGGGUCCUUGUUGCAACGCGUACGGCAACGGGAGCCUGCAGUGUUGGCAAGGGAUUUGCCAGCCUUGCUACGAUAACCUCGGUAAAUGGACUUGCAGGGAAUCGCUAGAACAAAUUCUUCUGAUUUCCAGUACUCAGGUGAUAAUGGGCGCUGCGCUGAUCCUCGGGAUUAUAGCCACGUUCGUACUACUCUACAAACUUUGUGCAGCUACGGAUUUGAGAGCCUUCGGCCCGGGAUACAACGGUGACGGCCGUCUGUCUAUCGGAAGUUUACAAUUGUACGUUGAAGAAAGGUUACGAGACGCCCCACCAAGAUAUUCACGAACGCCAGUAGCAGGCUCUGCAACAUACCCUGCCGUAGCAUUUCUCAAUGCUGGAUUUAUCCACGACAGCAGUAUUCCGCCUCCCCCAUACACGCCAGAAGAUAAACCAGAAGAGAACCGAAACACAGUAAACCAUAUAUGAAACCAUUCAGUAUUGUAUUAAACAUAGGAAAACUGUAAUUUAAGUAGACAUUUUUUCAAAAAAGUGAUAAUAAUAAAGUUAUUGUUCAUA